AUGAGAUAUGUUGAACAUUUUGGGAAGUCUGGAAGACUUUCUAAAGGAAGCAAUUCCUCGUUUAUUACUCUUCUCCCCAAAGUAAAGGAUCCUCUUUCUUUAAGUGAGUAUAGGCCGAUAAGUCUCAUCGGCUGUGUGUAUAAGAUCAUGGAGAAAACUCUUGCUCUUAGAAUAAAAAAGGUGAUCGGGUUGGUUAUUGGUGAUGUUCAGACUGCUUUCAUUGAAGGGAGGAAUAUCUUAGAUGGUCUAUUGAUUAUCAAUGAAGUUUGUGUGUGGGCAAAGGAAGGGUGGGCUUGGAAGAGGUGUCCAAGGUCUAGAGAGGAAAUUGAUGAUGUUGAUGCUUUGAAGAUGGCGUCGCUUAUCGACUCCUUUUCUAUUGUUUCGUUGAAUAAUGGCAUGAUCUGGGUGUAUCUUGUUCCUCUAAAGAUUAAUUGCUUUAUUUGGAGGGCUUGUAUUGGCAGAAUCCCCACAACGAAAGCCCUCUUGUGUAGGGGUGUUUCAAUUGACGACUCCUCUUGUCCAUUGUGUUGCAUGGGUGUUGACGAGGUGGACCACAUUUUCACUGGCUGCUUUUUUUCUCAAGAUAUGUUGGUGUUGAAUUUGAGGUGGUGGAAUAUUUCUGCUCAUGAUUUUACUUCCAUAAGGGAGGUGAUUGAGUUUGCGGCUAAUUUGGGGAAUUGCCCAAAAAAUGGAAGAUUCUUGUCGCCAUCUUCUAUGGGGUCCUUUGGUGUAUUUGGAAUGCGAGAAAUGAGAAAUUGUUCUUCAAAAAAUGUACUUAUCCGGCCAAAUUGGUAG